AAACCUUUGCAUCGUGUUAUGAUUUUCUGUAAUUCAUUUACGAAGGCCCCAUUUGUUGGUGACAAGAUACUCAAAGGUGUAUCUUCUCUAGCUCCUUGAGACCAGAAGGGAUCAAACACUUGUGGCUUCGAUCAGUUAACUAAGGCCUACACCGACCCUCGAACACUCGAUCAAGAGGCGCGACUCUCACUGAUCAAAAACGAGUAAAACAUCGUUUGUUCUGACAAGAAACAUGUCGAAGCGAUGAGCUAUACUAGAUUUCGAGACAUGGAACCUGCUAGGCUUAAACAUAAGUAUUUCUAUCAAUUUAGGAUCAUUUUGAUUGGAGAUAGUACAGUUGGAAAGUCUUCAUUGCUUCGGCAAUUUACUGAGGGACAGUUUUUCGAGAACUCUGAUCCGACUGUUGGUGUGGACUUUCACGUUCGGGUCAUCGAACUUAAAGGAGAUGUUAGAGUCAAGCUUCAAAUCUGGGAUACAGCUGGUCAAGAAAGGUUCCGUUCGAUAACAUACUCCUACUACCGUAACACUGUUGGCUGUUUGAUUGUCUACGACAUAACAAAUAGAGACUCGUUUGUUAAUGUUUUGGACUGGUACAAAGAAGCCAAGCAAUGCGUCGAAGAAUCGGAAGUUGUAUUCAUGUUGGUUGGUCACAAAAUUGAUAAAGAAUCUAAAAGAGCUGUUUCGACAGAAGAAGGGGAAAGGUUUGCAGAAGCUCAUGAUAUGCUAUUUAUAGAAACUUCAGCCAAAAUUCUUUGCAACAUAGAGGAGGCUUUUAUCAGUGUUACUGAGGAGAUUUAUAAACGCAUGGAAAGAGGAGAGUUAGGACUGAAAGAUGGAUGGGAAGGCAUCAAGGCAUUACCUAUGCGUCCACAGGAUGUGUUAGGAAUUGGACAUUCUGCCUCUGUUGAGGAUUUGAUUGAGCAACAGGAAUCCAGAAGAUGUUGUCCUGGGUAACAACAAUCAUGAUUUUAAUCAUUAAUUCUAUCACAAUUUUUUUAUUUAUUUGAAUUUUUAAGUUCAUUUAAAAAAGUUAUUAGAAGAUAUAACUAGCUAAAAACUAGUGUGAGCUGCGUCAUUGUUUCGAAUGAAACAGUUAUGAUAAAAAGGUAAAUUAUACACCAUUAAAAGAUGUAUUUUUCAUCUUUUCGCGGUGUAUAAUUUACCUUUUUAUCAUUACUGUUAAAAAAGUUAUUAUCAUUUUUAUUAUUUUCUUGAGUCAGUGGGCAACUUGUAUCCCUUGCGUUAAUUACUCUCAAUAUUCUGCAAACAGACAUUCCAACGGCUUGUUUUGAAAUUGGCAACUUGUAUCCCUUGCGUCAAUUACUCUCAAUAUUCUGCAAACAGACAUUCCAACGGCUUGUUUUGAAAUUGGCUUUUUGCUGCCAUCAAUCAAAAAAACUAAUUUGUUACCUUUUAUAUUUGAAUGAGGGGAGUGAAAAACCAAAUUCCAAUGGGCACUAACAGAGUUCUCAGAAUAUUGAGAAUUGCAUUAAAUGUGUGUCAGAAAGAAACUAAUUUAUAUUCUAGCUGUGUGGUAAUAUUUUAAGUAAUGAGUAGAAAUAAUUGUGAGUAUUCUGGUAUGGGUUGCACUAGUGGGUUGUUUUAUGUAAUAAUUAUAUUCACUACUAAGUUUGAGUUUGCAAGUUUAAAUCAUAAUCAUAAUCAUACAAAAAUAAUAACUUUUAAUUAAAUGUAAAAAUCAUUCCAUUGUUUUAAUUUUUAUUUUACUGCAUGCAUGCUUAUAAAUGCACAUAAUGAACUUGUGGAAAAAUAUUAUUAGAAUUAUAUAGUCUUUUGAUUUUAAUUAAGGUACAAUAAUAGCACCAUGAGUCAGUUAGUACUUUUAAUUUACUGCAGUAUAUUAAUUGUCUGCAAACUCUCCAGACCUGCCAAAUAUAUCUUGAUUUGGUCUUAAAAUAUUUUUCAGGCAAUGGCAGGCUUACUGAUUUAAUAAAAACUAUAAUUUUCAGUUAUGAGUUGUAUGUAACCUGAAGAAAUUAUUAAUUGGAAGAAAGAAUAUUAAUAAUCAAAUAUAAAUUUUCUAUAAUUAUUCUUGCCAAAUGUAUAUGAUCAUAAGACCUGUCCAGAUGGCAUCCCACUCGUGUGCUGGACUCAAAUGAUAAAUUUAUAAGUUCAUCAAAAGAGCUGAUCCUGAAUCAUUUAACUGCGAUUUUCAUAAACAUGCAAACUCUGUGUCUUCAUGCUGAAAUUUGUUUUUCGCUGCCAUCGAUCAAAUCUUAUAAGGUGGUACCUUCAUACUUUUGACUUGCCAUAGUGAAAAACCAAAUCGGAGACACAGAGUUUGCAUGUUAAUGAAAAUUGCAGUAAUUGGUUAAAGACAGUUUUAUGUUGGUGCAGACAAGCCCACCAUGGUAUUCACUGCCAAGUAUAAUUUGGCAGGGAUUGCAACAUUAUGCAACACUUAAGGGACAACUGAUUCAGACAACACUCUUGUCAAUUAUUUUGUAGUGUCUUAUGCAGCCACUAUUAGUGUCGUCACACAACGCCCACUAAUGGGAGUGAGCAUUGAGUGGCAACAUUAAUAUAAUAGUGGCUGCAUUGAAGACUAAUUAUUUUUCCAGACUUAAAACAUAAUGUAUGAAACCUGGAGAUAUUUUAUUCCUAACUUCCCUUUAUAGAAUAUAAUUAGGUUGGCAGCACAAGUAUGCUGUUUCAAUCAAUUGUUGCUUUGUCAAUUUGCAAGCUAAUUGUCCUGGAGUCAAACUUGGCCAGUGUCAUUUAAGUUUUGCAUUGAUUAGUCUCCCCCACAGCCGCUUUCAGUGUUGUCACGCAACGCUGAAAGCGGCUGUGGGGGAGACUAGGCAUUGAUAUGAUUGGACUGGCAUCUCAAACAGAGGUCAUAGAAUUCAAAGCUCAGGAAGCUUUAAAUAUACCACAUAUAGGCACUCUUAACUUGAUAAUUAUUUUUAGAAAACUGCUCAAACUACUGCUCAAAUUAUAUGAGGUGUGUGUGUGAAAGGGUUUACAUCUGGAUACAGGGGCAGAUCCAGAGGUGGUUAAAGGGUUGGCUAGCAACCCUGAGCCCUUGGCUCAAAUUUCUCAGUAUUAUUCUUAACCACCCCCUUUUCUAAAAUUCCUGGAUCUGCCACUGGGAUAUGUUAAAGGCAAAGAGAGAAACUUCAAUAAACAGAAAAAUACGAUUAGUAAAAAUCUGAAAUAGGAAAAUGACACAGACAAAAUCAAAGGUCUUUGUCUUGAAACUGAAGACUAAAAACGAAUACUAUAAAGACAAGCUUACAAUAAGGCAAUAUUUGCAUGAUCUUAAUUUCUUUGUGUUGCAAAAUAAACUAAGAUAAAAGUAAAAAAAAAAGGAAUUUUAGUUCAUCCUUUUGUCCAAAUUUAUUACAUAGCUGGGCCAGUGCAUGAUCAUGCAUGGUUUAGUGUUUUCCUUCAUAAUUUUUUUAUCGUCAGAAGUAGACUUCUUUUGGUAAUUUUGAAUUAUUUUAAUAGAGUGAAGGCAUUUUAAGGAAUUUUUACUUGGUCCGUGAAUCAAAGUUGUGUAAUUAGUAACUAACAGUCAAAGUGAAACAAAAGAAAACAAUAGAAUUAGUGUCUAAUAA